AUGGCGGAUUCCGAAAGAGGAGGCCGGGGCCGGGGCCGGGGCCGAGGUCGAGGUGUGGACCACGGUCGGGGCGAUGGUGGCCGGGGCGGACGCGGCGGUCGUGGCGGUCGUGGCGGCUUCCAACCCCCUGGUGGUGAAGGUGAUGGUUCCACCCACGGAGGACAGAGCCGCGGCGGUGGCUUUAGAGGAGCCCCAGGUGGGCGUGGAGGCAGAUGUGGUUUUGACCGCGGCCGUGGUGACUUUAGAGGAGGCCGCGGUGGUAGUCGACCUCCGCCAUUUGCAGGUGAAGCUCACACGUUCUACGGACAAAACUCCACUAUUCCUACCCCCGAUAAUGCCAUUACUCAGCUAGAGGACAGGAUCAUCAAGGGCCACCAGUCCAAAGACAUGGCCCUAGUCAAGAAGAUGAGUAGCAUGAAGCUUACCGAAGCUAGCAUCGCCGCUCUGAUGCCUCGUCGUCCUGCUUAUGGGACCAAGGGAAAGCCAGUCAUUCUCUGGGCCAACUAUUUCCGGUUGACCGUCAAGCCUAAGGUCAUCUUCCGCUACAACCUCGAAGUUCGUAAGGGUGAGAAGGAGGACCGUCCCGAGAAGGAUCCCAAGGGCAAAGGAAAAGCCAAAAAUAGUGCCCAGGGAGGUUCUGGCGUCGGCGGCGGCAGCGCUCCUGCUUCUAUUCCUGCUCGCAAGUUGAAAAUCAUCCUGGAAGAGGCUCUCAAGGAGCUCGAGAAGCUCGAACCCAAUGCGAUUCUCGCUACCGAGUUCAAGUCUCAGCUUGUCUCGCUCAACAGACUGAAACUCGAUAAAAACCCCAUCAUUGUCAAGUUCAAACAGGAGAACUCCACUCGGGAAGACAUCUAUAAUGUCAAGAUCGUUGGUGAGACUGAGGCCCCCUUAGAGGCUAUGGCACAAUACCUCCAGACUAUGAUCGAUACGAGUGACCCUGACGAAGAGCACUUCCCCCGAUUUGCAACAUCAGUGGAUGCGCUUGGUGUCGUCCUUGGCUUUACCCCACGGCUGAACAAUCAGGUGACUGCUAUUGGCAAGGGCCGAUUCUUCCCAUGGGGUAACGGAGCCGCCAUGGAGCAGCUUGGUGAGCAAGACCCUCUUGCGGCCAUUCGCGGCUAUUUUCAGAGUGUCAGGCCCGGUACUGGCAGAGUUCUACUGAAUGUCAACGUUACCCACGGCGUCUUCAAGUUUCCCGUGAAAGUCAGCGAGCUCUGUCGAUGGUUUCGCGUCAACGUCUUCGGUACGGGCAAUCCAGGCGCUGUAGCCGGGGCUCGAGGAAACCUUCGCACCUUGUCCAAGUUCCUUGCUAGGACUCGUGUCACUGUCGAGUUCAAAGACUCAAAGGGCAACAAAAUAGUUGGCAAAAAGUCGAUACACAGUCUUGCCUGUGUGCACGACAUCUCGCGACCCCCAAUGGGCACUGAUGUGUCUUUCGCUCCGAAUUUCCAGUUCGGCGGUCCUCGGGAAGUCAGUUUCAGAAUGCAGCCUGCUGAGGGACAGACAACUGUGAUGGGGAACAUGAAACCUGGCGUUUACACUGUUGAACAAUACUGGCAGUGGAAGUAUGGCGAGGUCCCAGACAAGACCAUGCCUCUAGUCAACCUCGGCACUAGUGCCAAGCCUACGUUCUACCCUGCUGAACGCUGCACCAUCAUUGCAGGCCAAGCCGUUCGCUCCAAACUUACUGGCGACGAGACAACCCGGAUGCUCGAUUUUGCUUGUCGUUCGCCGUUCGCCAAUGCAAUGUCCCUCACCGUGGACAGCGCGACGGCUCUGGGCUUCGACGAGCCCAUCCUAGACAAAUUCGGCCUCGCAGUUGACAAAAAGCUCCUGACUGUGAAUGGCCGUGAGCUACUGUCACCUUCUGUCACUUACGGAAAUGCCAGAACUCUACAGACACGCGGCGGCUCUUGGAACAUGAGCGGUGUGAAGGUUGCAAAGGCGGGUCCAAAAAUUACAUCUUGGAACUGGGUGCGUAUCAUCGAGGGAUCUGCCGACUAUCAACCCAAGAUCACGACCGCAGAAGUUGGCAAUUCCGUGCAGCAAUUUGUAGAGUUUCUCAACACCAGCGGUGUGGCGAUCGAUCCGCAGAUACCGAACACCCCUCACGAGAUCAGGGUGCAGCGCGGCAGCCACACCGAGGACAUUGGGCGGGCCUUCCAAGGUAUCAAAGAUUACCUCGAGCGCACCCGCGGUAUCACCAAGAACUUUUUCCUCCUUGUAAUCCUGCCAAAGCAGGAUACAUCUCUCUAUGGCGCCGUCAAGACUCUUGCUGAUACGGUUUUCGGCUUCCACACCAUCUGCUCUGUAGAGCGUACAUUCGUCAAGAACAAUCUACAGACAUUCGCCAACAUUGGCCUCAAGUGGAACUUGAAGAAUGGAGGCGUCAACCACAUGGUCAAAGAUUCGCUCGAUAUUAUCCAGUCCGGAGAGACCAUGGUCGUUGGCUACGAUGUUACCCAUCCCACGAACAUGCCUAACGACAAGAAUGCCGCGCCGAGUCUGGUAGGCCUCGUAUCCAGCGUUGACAAAGAUUUGGGACAGUGGCCUGCUAUUGCGUGGGAACAGGGAAGCCGUCAGGAGAUGUUGGGCGAGGAAUUGGUUGAGCACUUCAAAUCCCGAUUAGUGCUCUGGCGCAACCGAAACACGGGCAAGCUACCAAAAUUCAUCGUCAUUUAUCGUGAUGGCGUCUCAGAGGGACAGUUUACCCAGGUACUCACCGCUGAGCUGCCCAUGAUUCGGAAGGCAUGCUCUCAACUUUACCCAGCCAACCAACGCCCCAAGAUUUCCAUCAUCGUGUCUGUCAAGCGCCAUCAAACGCGCUUCUACCCUACGUCGGACCAAAACAUGGAUCAGAAGUCGCGCAACAUCAAAAACGGCACGGUUGUUGACCGCGGCGUCACUCAGGCUCGCUACUGGGACUUUUUCCUAACCGCCCACACAGCGCUCAAGGGAACUGCCCGCCCUGCACACUACACCGUACUAAUGGACGAAAUCUUCCGAGACAAGUACGGUGUUGGCGCCAAAGCUGCCGAUCAGCUUGAGAAGCUCACCCAUGAUCUCUGCUACCUGUUCGGGCGUGCUACCAAGGCCGUCAGCAUCUGUCCGCCGGCAUAUUACGCAGAUAUUGUCUGCGAAAGGGCCCGCGUGCAUCGCCCAGACCUCUUCGAUGUGUCCGACACGGCGUCUACUGCCACAGGUGGUAAUAACCCGGCCAAUGUGGCCAUAAACACCGCAAACCAGGUACACGUGAACUUGCGAGAUACUAUGUACUACAUCUAA